AUGGAAAUCUUUAAUGACAUUUCUAAUAAGCCUUCAUCAAAAUCUGUUAAAAGGACUGAUGGUUCUAUAUUUAUGAGUCAAUCUAACAACACUGCGGCUGGGGGUCUGGCUACUGAGGGAAGGUUAGUGAAUGAUGAGCAAAGGAUUUGGAACCACAUUUAUGUGAAUGAACAAUUGAACAAUUGGAUUAGUGGUCAAAAGAAUUACAAGGAAAAUGGUGCCUAUGUCUUUAGGCACCAACCAACCAAUAUCACUCACCUAAAGAUGAUGCUUGGGGAGAAACAUACUAUUGAGGAAGGAGUUGUCCCUUUGGCAUCUAAAGCCCAUGAUGGUACGAUCCCAAGUAAGCUUGUGAAUCUGGUUCUAGGACAAACGAACUCUCCAAUAAGAGACUUAGCAUACAACACAUUCACUAUUGUUGAUUAG